UGUGCGUUUUUUCAACGCCUUUUUAACCAAGUGUUGCGCAGUCCAAUUGCUAGCCGAUUUGACUUGGCGCCAUGUCUUCUUUCGCGGCAGCUGCCGCAGUGGCUGCUGGCAAGCACAGCAGGGAAAACCUGGAGAAGCAAUCAACUUUUGGGGAACUGCCAAAGAUGCCCUGGAUCUAUGUUUGCGAUCAACGGCAACCCGUCCAGCCUCGAAGACUUCCAGUUCCCAAGUAUUUCCAAUGUGGCAACGAGCAUGCUGGGAAACUCACUUGGGAAAGCGUGGCAAAGUGGCUCAGCCGCGGCGUGGAACGGCAAGUCACGGCAAUAUGGAUUGCCUCAGAGCAGGCAGGCAAGAACGAGUGGAAGGUGCAGGAGCUCCCAAUGCAGCUGAUGAGUUCACCGUUCAAAGAUGGCACCCUCGUAGUGGUGUGCUGUGCAGAAGAGACUUUGACUCCUAACAUCUUUGCGCAGUUGCCAGCUCCAUCAAAGCUGCAUAGGCAGAUGUCCAAAGAGGCUGUUGCACUUGGAGGGAAGAUGUGGAAAUCCGCACGCUCUCGAGUUGGCGUAAUCAUGGCCUUCAGGCCGCCGCCGCUGUUUGGUAAUUUUUCGUCACUCUCUGACAGUCACCGGUCUGCAACUCCGACGGACGAUUCUUCAAACAGCAUCUUGGAGACGCAUGCAGUCAUAUGUCCCGUUGUGCUUGAUGCGGCAACCCUUGGCCAGUACAUUCGAACCUAGUUUAGCUAACGCCAGCGCGGUGAGUCAGGAGAACUCCUAUCCGAAGGGCACGAUGCCGAGAAUCAGGUUGCCGACCUUCAGCCAGAGCAGCCAAAGCUGAAGUCGGCUUUCAAGAAGAAUCCCGGGAAGAAGCCACAACUGCAUUUGCACUUUGAGGACGUGAAAGGAUACUGUGAAUCCUGCGAUGUAUUCGACAACCUGCCUCCCGAAUGCUUUGACUUCAAGGCUGCGGAGUUCAAUGCACCGAAGAAAGCGUGGUUUCUGCUUGGUGCGCCGGGGCCGAAAAUGAUAAGUCGGAUGACGCAAACUGUGCCGUACCAGGCGGAGUCUCGUCAAUGUUGCAGAUGCUGCAGCUACUGCUGCUUUGAUGAAUAUGAAGACAGCGGUCAAUGGAAAUCUGACUAGAAGAUAUUUCACCCUCCUAGUCACUUAUUGGCGUGAUGCGUGCGCACAGCCCCAUGCUGGAGUCGCGUGCCGUCCUUGAAGAGACGAGGCCCUCUGCGCUUGUU